UAGCUUCUUCUUUUUUCAGAUCCAUGAUGGAACAGUCCAGUUCAUUCUUGAUUGUUUGUAUUAGUUUUCUACUUGUUGAAGCUUCAGCACACAAUGGAACUGCAUCACCAAAUAACACAACAACACAGUCUCCAGGAAAGAACAGGUCACACCAGCAACUACUGACUUCAAUGUUGAUCCUGCUUCUUGUGUUCAUCAUUUUCAUUCUUCUGGCUGGCUAUUUUUUCAGGUUCAGAAAACAUAGGAAAGCUGUUGUGACCUCCGGUGACAAAAAGAUGCCAAAUGGAAUCUUAGAAGAGCAAGAACAGCAAAGGGUGAUGCUGCUCAGCAGGUCUCCCUCUGGCCCAAAGAAGUACUUUCCUAUUCCAGUGGAGCAUCUGGAGGAAGAAAUACGGAUAAGAUCAGCAGAUGAUGGGAAACGGUUUCGGGAAGAAUUUAAUUCGUUACCAGCCCGAUGCAUGCAAGGAACAUUUGAAAUGGCAAAUAAAGAAGAAAACAGAGAGAAAAAUAGAUAUCCCAACAUCCUUCCUUAUGAUCAUUCCAGAGUCAUUUUGACCCAAAUAGAUGGAGUUCAAUCUUCAGACUAUAUUAACGCUUCAUACAUAGAUGGUUACAAAGAAAAGAAUAAAUUUAUAGCUGCUCAAGGACCUAAACAAGAAACAGUUAAUGAUUUCUGGAGGAUGAUAUGGGAGCAGAAAUCUGCAAUUAUUGUUAUGUUAACAAACUUGAAAGAAAGAAAAGAGGAUAAAUGUUAUCAAUACUGGCCAGAUCAAGGAUGCUGGACUUACGGAAAUAUCAGAGUUUCUGUGGAAGAUAGUAUCGUUCUCGUGGACUACACCAUUCGCAAGUUUUGUAUACAGUCACAACUUCAUGAUGGCUCUAAAGUUCCAAGGCUUGUAACACAGCUCCAUUUUACCAGCUGGCCUGAUUUUGGCGUGCCUUUCACACCCAUUGGGAUGCUAAAGUUUCUGAAAAAAGUCAAAACAUUGAAUCCUUCACAUGCUGGACCAAUUGUGGUUCACUGUAGCGCUGGCGUGGGUCGAACAGGCACAUUUAUAGUGAUAGAUGCCAUACUAGAUAUGAUGCAUGCUGAACAGAGAGUUGAUGUUUUUGAGUUUGUUACAAGAAUCCGUAAUCAGCGCCCACAGAUGGUUCAGACUGAUAUGCAGUAUUCAUUCAUUUAUCAAGCCUUACUUGAAUACUACCUCUACGGUGACACAGAACUAGAUGUGUCCUCCUUAGAAAAGCACCUUCAAGCAUCGCACACCACUACACCACAUCUUGUCAAAACAGGGCUAGAGGAAGAAUUUAAAAAAUUAACAAAUGUUCGAAUAAUGAAAGAAAACAUGAGAACUGGCAAUCUGCCAGCGAAUAUGAAGAAAGCCAGAGUCAUCCAGAUCAUUCCAUAUGACUUUAAUAGAGUGAUUCUUUCAAUGAAAAGAGGUCAAGAAUAUACAGACUACAUCAAUGCCUCCUUCAUAGAUGGCUAUCGCCAGAAGGAUUAUUUCAUUGCAACCCAAGGACCACUUCCUCAUACAGUGGAAGACUUCUGGCGAAUGGUGUGGGAGUGGAAAUGUCACACGAUUGUUAUGCUUACAGAAGUUCAAGAAAGGGAGCAGGAAAAAUGUUUUCAGUACUGGCCAUCAGAGGGCUCUGUAACUCAUGGAGAGAUAAAUAUAGAGAUAAAGAAUGACUGUCUUUUGGAUGCCAUAAGCAUAAGGGACUUCAUAAUCACAUUCAAUCAGGAGAAGCAGAGUAGACUUGUCCGACAAUUUCAUUUUCAUGGAUGGCCUGAAAUUGGAAUUCCUGCUGAAGGAAAAGGAAUGAUUGACCUCAUUGCAGCUGUCCAAAAACAGCAGCAGCAGACAGGAAACCAUCCCAUUACUGUGCAUUGCAGUGCUGGAGCUGGAAGAACAGGUACAUUCAUAGCACUCAGCAAUGUUCUGGAACGAGUAAAGGCUGAAGGGCUCUUAGAUGUAUUUCAAGCUGUGAAGAGCUUAAGAAUGCAAAGGCCACAUAUGGUGCAAACGCUGGUAGGGAAACUGAGGUACAGAAAGAUUAGAUGACUUGUCCAAGAGCACACAGGGACUCUGUGACAGAUCCAGGAAUAGAGCCUAUAUCUUCAGGGGUCCUAGAGGCCUAUGAUUGAAGCACUGUUAUGGUUGUGGAGAAAACCUUCAAAAUAUGUCCUGAGUGUAACCAAUGCAGAGAUGUCUGCCUGAACCAAAACAGUAGCUCUAAGCUGUGAACUCUCCCAUUCAUUUAAAUGGGAGUGAACUCAGAUGCCAGUGUUAAUACUUUACUACUGUCAACAUUAACUACCUCGUGUUGUAGGAACAAAGACAAAGUAUCAUAUUAAGAAGAUUCACACCAGUGUUUCCAAAAGUGUGGAAUGUGCCUCCCUUGGAGGGAUGAAGAACUAGCCAGGGGAUAGUGGAAGAUACAUAAAUUUAAGAUGGAUAGGUCUUUAACAACAAACGGCAGCAUUGCAUGGGGCGAGGGGAAGAUUGGUUUCAUUUUUCUGGAGUGGGACUCAGCUUUCAAAAGUUUGGGAAACACUGUAUUAUGGGUCUCUGACCUUGGAAGCAGGUGAGGUCAGUGUUUAUCACUGGGGAGAGCAAGGAGAAAAUAUACAGUGUUGCUGUAUCCUGUUAAAUAACUGUUACCCAGAAGUGACUGCAUUUCAUUUUGUUUGCUAGAAGCUGGGAAUGGGCGACAGGAUGGAUCACUUGAUGAUUACCUGUUCUGUUCAUUCCCUCUGGGGUACCUGGCAUUGGUCACUGUCAGAAGACAGGAUACUGGGCUAGAUGGACCUUUGGUCUGACCCAGUAUGGCUGUUCAUUUAUAAUUGGGAGGUGUGCAUUUCAUUUGUAACUGGGCUGGGUUUCCAUGUGUGUGUAAAAAUAUGAGAAAGAAUAUUCAUAUUGUUAGUUCUUUGGGGCAGGAAUUCAACAGGGCCACACUUGGCCUCUACAUGCUACUACAAUAUAAUUGUUUAAUAAUCAUAAUAAUAUGUAUGCAUAGAGCAUUUGUAAGGUGUUUUGAGGUUGUUUGAAAGGCACUGUGAACCCAGUUCUGAAAGGUGUGGAUCACCCAGAGCUCCUAUUGACAUCAAUGGUAAUUGAGGGUGCUUUGCACCUCCCAAAAUGUACUUUGCACUUAGCAGGAUUGGGCUCAGUGGUUUGCAAUUUCUUUCAUAUUAUAGAUGUCUAUUAAGUUUUGAGAGAAGCCUCUUGUGGACCUCCUCUAUUUCAACCUCCCAGUUCCAUCAUCCUCCCUGAAGCGGAGGAUUAGUUACAUACAGGCUCAGUUACAUACAAAUAGUGUCAGUUAAUAAAGACUAUGAAACUUGCAAGUUAAUAAAAUUGAGCAUAAAAACCUUUUGUGCAAAGAGCAGAAAUAUAAAAUUUACCAUCAAUGGGGUAGAUUAUUUGUUUUGUCAUAAACUUGCUGUUGUCCAAUUUAGAAUAUGUUGCAUUUUAUGGAUUUACCUAAAUCUGAUUAUUCCAACUUAAACAUAAUGUACAAUCGAAGUAAAUCUGAAUUUCUCUUUUUUUAUUUUUUUAGGAACAGUAUGAAUUCUGCUACAAAGUGGUACAAGAUUUCAUUGAUAUAUAUUCUGAUUAUGCUAAUUUCAAAUAAAACUUCCUGCCUUAUUUUUUAAUUUAAUCUGUAAAAAUAUUUGUAAAUCAUGUUAAUUUAUAUCAUAUUUUCCAUUAUGAUCAUUCCUACUGUAAAUGAUAUUGUCUGUGUUUUGCUUUAAAAGUCACUUUUGCUGUAUAAAAUUAUAAAUUACUCAAAUAUAAAUAUCUUUUAAAAGCUAAUUAUAAUAAAUGUUCAUAUACAAAAUAUCAGUAUAUAUGUUGUUGAAUGUUAUAUACAUUUUUAACAAAAUCUUGGGUGCAUUUCUCUCUUUGCGUUUUCCAAUACAUUAAAAUAUCAAUAUUAAUUUUAUUUCCCAAGUUUAGCAGCCCCUAAAUUUUACAAAGCAAUUUUUUAUUUUAUAUUAAAUAAUGAAUCAUAGUGAAUAUGUUGGCUCUGACCCUUCUCUCACUGAGGUCAAUAACAAACAAUUGAUUUCAUGAGUAGUAAUGUUCAUUAGGAGCCAGAUUCUGACACCCUUACUCAUCUUCAGUAACACCUUACUCUACAAAUAGUCCCAUUGAAGGCAAUGAGACUGUUCCUGGAGUAAGAUGCUAUUCAGUGGGAGUAAGGGUGUCAGAAUCUGGUCCUCAGAGUGUAAUAACAUAUGCUCCACUACAACUUACAAACAAACUUUAACAGCCAUACUUUUUAAAGUCAGUAUAUUGUACACAGCUUUAUUUCAAGAUAAGCUGCCAGUUAGAAAUAACUCAGUGUAAAUACAGAGUUUAAUAAAUUAUUUGAUUUCAAUGUAGUCUUGAACAUUCAUUUUAUUUUGCUUUUUUAUUAAAUCUAAUGUAUUUUUAAAUGUUCCUUACUGAAAUACAGUUUUGUAAUUUAUGAGUGAGUUUCACUAUUUUGAAGAUAUUUUGCAUGUCGGAAGAUUAAAUUCUGCUGAGAAUAGUUUUGCUGAACCUGAGCUUCUGUCAACUAUUGCAAGAGGCAUUAUUCCUGUUGCCACUGACACAGAGCUUGAUAUAAUAUGUAUGAGAGAGAGAGAGAGAGAGAGACUGAGACUCUGCUUGACUAGAAUAUAAAAGCAACUUCUUAAAUUUUUUGAAAAAGCAUUUUAAUAUUGAAAUCACACUGGUAUCAGCAGUAAAGACUGUUGAUAGGAAAAAGCUCUUUUAAAAUGUAUAUUCUUAAAAUAAUGUCUCCAUAGUUAAAAAUCAGAUCUUUCCCUAAUACAAAAGGGGGUAUCUAUGUGUUUGCAUGUGUGUAUAUAAUGAAAUAUUUCAGAGACCUAAACAGGAUUUGGGGGACAGAAAGUACAAAAGACACAAGGCAUCUGAAUGUUGAAUAUUUUAAAAAUAUCUCUCUCAUCUUUUAAAAAAGUAUAUAAAUUAAUGAGCACAAAUAAAUAUAAAAAUAUUUAAUUUAAUGUAUAUUAAUAUGCAAUAGUUCUGUCUUGUUUAAUUGGUUAUUUUUGAAUGCAAACAUAAAAGCCUAAUUUAAAAAUAAGCAUACCUAAACUGAUGUUUUCAUUCUAGUUCUUGCACUAUUUAUCUAUCCCAUGUUCAUUUAUAAUAUCUGGAAAUAAAUAAAAGUUCAUUAUUCUUUUAAUAAUGCAAAGAGUAACAAAAGGUAUUCACACCUCUCCUUUUAUUACAUAGUGAAUUGAAAAUUGUUCAGGUUAAAAGCACAGUUUUGAAUACUGCCAUUUAUUGCUUAUUGUCUUCCCAGUAAUGCACUGCUGUAUAUUUAUUUGUACAGUAAUUAUGCACUUAACAACUAAAACCAUUUGUUGCAAGACUAAAUAGUUUGAGGUUAAUGGAUUAAUUCAAAAUGCAAAAAUCUUUGACUAAAGAAAAGAAUGUUAAAUAAGCUUUCAAUUCUGGCAUGGUUUGAAAAUGGAAAAUAUAUUAAAAUGAAAGUCGUCAGAUACGUGCAGGUACAAAAGGCCAAUACACUAAGGUGGUCAAUAUAAAUAUUUGUAGCAUAGGGAGAAUGUAAAUAGGAUACUAAAUUUGAUGAUGCUGAGACUAUUAAUAAUUUCAUCUCUCAGUCAUUACAGAAUUAUUCUCAACAAUAAAUCUCAAAUGAUGGCUCAGUCUAGUUUUAAAUACAAACAGUUAUGCUUCCACCAUUUCCCUUGGGAGUAUAUUCUACAGUCUAAGUAGAUCUCACUGUUGAGAUUUUUUCCCUAAUAGUCAGCCUACAUAUUUUGUUUCGCAUUUUCCCUUUAUUCUGCAGUGCUCCUUGGACAGCCCUUAAGAUCUGGCUGUGUUCAGAUGUUUGGUAGAUUUGUCUUGAUAUUACCUAACAAUUGCCUCCUGGAGUAGAACUCAAUUUAGAGGAGGAGACAACCUUGUUAGAUAAUUAAAAGUUAUCCUGAAGUGAGAGCUGCCAAUUUAGACCUAUAUGCCAGCACAAUCAUACUGACAUCCGUGUGUUCAGAAGGGUCCACCCUAACAGAUCCUUUUACAGGUUUACAGGCUCUCUGUCUGAUUAAUGAAUGCAAGGCAAGGCAGCAAGUUACUUCCUGCAUCAGGAGGCUAUCAGUAACUCAACAAAAACUAUGAUUAAUAUUAACCAAAAUGCCAAGAAAUUCCUGUUGUCUUUAAUAUAAAGACAUCUAAGAUGUAACAGAAGUACCCAUACAAAUAUUUCAGAAGUGAGAAAUAAGCUAAGCAAUGACAUUUUCUUAUUAUAAUUUAGAAAGCUUGUUUUCCAAUUCUUUUUAGUCAAAUAUUCUUUUUUAGUCAAGGUACAAAUAAGGUUGUUGUACUUAAUACAACAGUCUAAUAAAUAUAUAGAAGGAUUAUCUCUUCAUAAAUUUUCUGUAUUGCAUGGAAUUGCAUUAAAAUGCCAAAUAGGGAUUAGAAAAUGUAAAUUCUGGUCCGUAUGCAUUAUUGGUCACUAUGUGACUUACUUUACUGUCUAUUUUCAUGUGUUACAUUAGGCCCCAAUUCAUUAAAGCAUUUAAAUAUAUACUUUAAGUCUAUCUCUAUUCAGCAAAUCACUUAAGCAUGUGCUGAAGUACCAUUGGCCUUCUGCUGCUGAAACAUGCACUUAAGUGCUUUGCUGAAUUGGGGCCUUAAUAAAGAAUGCAUACUGUAAUUACCAGUGUUUUAAAAAGUAUUUUUAUGUAUGUUUUUUAAACUUUUAAAAUGAGCCUGACCUCCUGUGUUAACGUUUUGAAAUGUUUUCAUUUCCCUGGUAUCAUUUUUAAUGUAAAGUUACUGAAACUUUUCUGUGUAAUAAAUUGUAUUUAAUUUGUUAAAUCUUUAUAAUGUAUGUAUGUAUUGUACAGUUUCAGCUAUCAUUGAUAUUUUCUUUUAUUACAUUUAUAAUUUGAUCUUGCUGUGUGUAUAAUGCCAGUGAAUGUUGCUGAAUUAUUUGUAUAUGCAAAUUGCAAGAUCUAAUACAUUCUGAUGCAAGAACAAAGCUU